CAAUGCCCUCAACGCUACGCUUUGUAUUCAAUUGCUCUUUAUUACACUUGAUCAAAAGAGAAACAUUAAAGAAAGUGAUUUUAAAUGCUCUAAAGAUUUUAUAAAAAUUUCUUUGAUUAUUUUUUAUUCGAAGGAAAUUUUUUUUUGAGGUCAAAAACCUUUCAACAAAGCUCUCAUCAUGGAAGACAGUUCCAACGAUCAUCAAAAUUCAAAGCACGAAGAAGAACCAACAUGUUUUUUAUAUGUAUCACGAGCUAUUAGCAGUCAUUCUCAAGAUACUGCAGAUGACUUGUCAAAAGCAACUUUAAUAGAAGCAAUACGUGCUUUAGAACCUUCAGGAAAUUGGAGUGUCUAUCAAACACCACGCGGUUUGAUAGCAACAUUCACACUAGAAGCUGAUGCUGAAAAACUAAUACAGCAUGGAAGUCUUAAUUAUAUCUUUCAAAGUCCAGUUCAGGUGGCACAAUUUUCUGCCCAAGAUUCACGCUACCGACAAUCUGUAUUUCUGCGCGAUGUUCCUUGGGCUAUUCCUCUUGAAGAUAUUAGCUCUGCUCUAGCUAAACAAGGAACUCCAGCUGCUAAAAUCGAGCGAUACCGUCAAUACGUUCGAGUAGAAUUAACAGAUGCAAACCAUUACGAAGUCCUGUUACGUCAAGGUCUCGACUUCUUUGGAGCAGCUCGGUUUACUGCUUUGCCCGAGCAAGCUAAUUUCUCAAGGGGAGCAUCAGGAACUAAUCCUGGACCUCAGCAACCAUUAAUUCAGCCUGGAGGCCAAGCUGUUGAAGGUCUUAACGUUCAACAACCUGAUGGGAUAUUACAAUGCUAUCGCUGUCAAGGAUUCUGGCAUGUAGCAGCUAACUGUAGACAUUUACCUCGAUGUGUACGUUGUGGAGAACCUCAUAGUGUUGGAUUUUGUCAUCGACCUCGAAAUAAUCCUAUCUGUUGUCAUUGUUCUGGCCCUCAUCAUGCUGGCUACAAACAAUGCCCGGUGAAACUACAGCUUCAAAAUGCAACACCAAUGAGUAUAACACUUAGCACAAGUAACCAAGGUCAAUCUUCGCCGAGUUGUUCAAGAAAGUCUAGUAAUUCUCAAAAUCAAACGUUAAAUGAGCAAUCUUGAAUUUAUCUAGCGACUUCAUUACUUGGUUUUUUUAUGAAAUUAUUCGAUGAAAACA